AGACGAGAUUAAAUUGUCAUGAAAGGUUAAUGGAUUCGUUUGUUGUCAUUCGAUUAAGUUUAGUUUACAAAUGGUUAAUAAAAUAUAAAUUAUAGAGCAAAUACAAGACUUCAGAAUGAUUUGUAGACUAUGUUUAAUUGAGUCGACCAAUAUUUUGAAUAUUUUCACCGAGACCGGAGAAAUGGUUAAGAAGGACAUAUUGAAAGUGGUGGCGAAACACUUCCAAAUUGAGAUUCGAUACGACGAUGCAGUUUCUAAUACAAUAUGUUCAGUAUGUUGGGAUCACCUACAAGAAUUCCAUAAAUUCUGGUUAAGUAUUGAAGAGAAACAAAAAAGCCUUGAAAGUUAUUUACAAUGCACACAAAUAAAACGAGACAUCGAGGAGGUUGAGGCGGAGACUACUGCAUAUAAUGAAAUGAAAUUAAGUCCAGAAAAAGUAGACGCUCUAUUUGUUGGCGAAUCUGAGCUAUACGGAGAGGAAACUGAGUUUAUUGCUGCCAAAACAGAACAAGAGGAUGAGUCGGCGAUCGAUGAGGACUCUUUUUUGGUUUCUGAAUCAGUUGAUGUUCUUUCGAAAGAUGUUGAAUCUGAAAAAAUUGAUUCCGCUGUUAAGCCGAAACGUAAAUACAACAAAAGAAAAGAAAAAAAUCUUAUGGAGGAAAGGAAGCGUAAAAGAGGACGUCCUAGAUUAAGAGAAACCGCUGUAAAGAGAAAUCAAAACGAAGAUAAGCUCAAAAAGGCCGAAAGUUCCAAAAACUGUGAAGAAAAAUUAAAAGCUAUCCCUGAAGCUGACGAAUUUCUAGCGCAAAACACGCAGCUAAGUUGUUGCAUUUGCAUGGAGGAAUUAAAAGAUUUCAGAGGAUUGAAAAUUCAUUUCCGACAAAAACAUCAAUGUACUGGAUAUGCGGUUUGUUGUGAUUUACGUUUCAGCAAACGUUCAUUAUAUGUUGAUCAUAUUCAGUUACAUAAGAAUCCCGACUUUUUCAAAUGCGCCAUAUGCAAUAAACAAUUGAUAAGUCGCAACAAUUAUGUUACCCAUAUGCACUCGCAACACCCAUCUGAGGAAAAUCUUCAAUUUGGUUGUAAACUUUGUCCAAAAAAAUUUUCCAAACAAUAUAUUUUAGACAGCCACAUAAGAAUGCGUCAUAUGCCAAAAGAUCAUGUUUGCAAAUUAUGUGACAAGGCGUUUUCCAACAUUUGGAUUUUGAGUAAGCAUGAGAAGACUGUGCAUCAAAAUGAAUUUGAAUCUGUGUGCGAGAUUUGUGGAAAACGUUUAAAAAAUGCAGUAAACUUGCAAUAUCAUAUGGAUAAUAUUCAUAAUACUGAACCACGACCUGAAGUAGAAUGCACGCUUUGCCAUAAAUGGUUAAAAAAUGAUCGCAGUUUGCAUAAGCAUAUGAAUUCACAUCGCGAUGAAGCAUCUGGCGCGACAUUUAAAUGUCCUCAUUGUGGUGUGGAGAAGAAGUCAAGACUCUCGCUUGGAUCACAUAUACAGUACCAUCAUUCAAACAGAGUUUUCAGUUGCACGAUGUGUGCAAAAGAAUUUAAAACUCCAAUUUCGCUGAGAGAACAUGAAGCCACACAUACUGGCGCCGAAUUGUAUACCUGCUCAUUCUGCCCAAAAACGUUUCGAUCUCAUGCAAAUAUGCACAAACAUAAACUACAUAGCCAUUCAGAUGAGUGGGUUCGUAAAUACGCACAACCCAAUGAGUAUACACAAAGUGUAUUAAACCAAACUCGUAAAACAGAAGCGUAUGAAAUUGUACAGAAAAUAGAAGACAUCAGAAUGAUUUGUCGACUAUGUUUAAUUGAGGCGGUUAAUAUUUUGAAUAUUUUCACCGAGACCGGAGAAAUGGUUAAGAAGGACAUAUUGAAAGUGGUGGCGAAACACUUCCAAAUUGAGAUUCGAUACGACGAUGCAGUUUCUAAUACAAUAUGUUCAGUAUGUUGGGAUCACCUACAAGAAUUCCAUACAUUUUGGUUAAGUAUUGAAGAGAAACAAAAAAGCCUCGAAAGUUAUUUACAAUGCACACAAAUAAAACGAGACAUCGAGGAAGUUGGAGCGGAAGCUAUUGCUUAUAAUGAUAUGGAAAUAAGUCAAGAAAAAGUAGACACUGGAUUAUGUGGCCCUGAAAUAGGUAUAUUUGUUGGAGAAUCUGGGCAAUAUGGAAGAGAACCUGAGUUUAUUGCUAUCAAAACCGAACAGGAGGAUGACUCGGCGACCUAUGAUGAUUCUUUUUUGCCUUUAACAGAUUCAGUUGAUGUUCUUUCGAAAGAUGUUGAAUCUGAAGAAAUUGAUUCCAAUGUUAAACAGAAACGUAAAUACAACAAAGGAAAGGAAAAAAAGGUUGUGGAGAAAAAGAAUAGUAAAAAAGGUCGUCCUAGAUUAAGAGAAAGUGCUAUAAAGAGAAGUCAAAAUGAAGUCAAACUCAAAAACGCUGAAAGUGCGAAGAACUAUGAAGAAAAAUUAAAAGCUAUCCGGAAAGCUGACGAAUUUCUAGCGCAAAACACGCAGCUGAGUUGUUGCAUUUGCAUGGAGAAAUUAAAAGAUUUCAGAGGAUUGAAAACUCAUUUCCGACAAAAACAUCAAUGUACUGGAUAUGCGGUUUGUUGUGAUUUACGUUUCACCAAACGUACAUUAUAUGUUGAUCACAUUCAGUUGCAUAAGAAUCCCGACUUUUUCAAAUGCGCUAUAUGCAAUAAACAAUUGAUAAGUCGUAAGAAUUAUGUUAACCAUAUGCAUUCACUACACCCGUCUGAGGAAAAUCUUCAAUUUGGGUGUAAACUUUGUCCAAAAAAGUUUUCCAAACAAUAUAUUUUAGACAGCCACAUAAGAAUGCGUCAUAUGCCUAAAGAUCAUGUUUGCAAAUUAUGUGACAAGGCGUUUUCCAGCAUUUGGAUUUUAGCUCAGCAUGAAAAGGCUGUGCAUCGAAAUGAAUUUGAAUCUGUGUGCGAGAUUUGUGGAAAACGUUUAAGAAAUGCAGCAAACUUGCAAUAUCAUAUGGAUAAUAUUCAUAAUACUGAACCACGACCUGAGGUAGAAUGCACGCUCUGUCAUAAAUGGUUAAAAAGUGAUCGCAGUUUGCGUAAGCAUAUGAUAUCACAUCGCGAUGAAGCAUCUGGCGUGGUGUUUAAAUGCCCUCAAUGUGAUGUGGAGAAAAAGUCAAGACACUCGCUUGCAUCGCAUAUACGGUACCAUCAUUCAAAUAGAGUUUUCAGUUGCACGAUGUGUGCAAAAGAAUUUAAAACUCCAAUUUCAUUGAAAGAACAUGAAGCCACACAUACUGGUGUCGAUUUGUACACUUGUCCGUUCUGCCCAAAGACGUUUCGAUCACAUGCAAAUAUGCACAAACACAAAAUACACAGCCAUUCAGAUGAGUGGGUUCGUAAAUACGCACAACCCAAUGAGUAUACACAAAGUGUAUUAAACCAAACUCGUAAAACAGAAGCGUAACAAUACAAUGUAGGAAUGAGAUAAUUUCCUCGUGAACUUUUUUUUUGGACGUCGCAUGCCAGUCACUUCUACCAUACUGAUAUCUGACCAAUAACUGUCACUCGAGCACUCCAGAAGCAACAGCGCUAACGUUGAAAUUAAUGCUAAUAAGUUUAUGUUAAGCAGGAUGACUCAAACUUAUACUUUAUUUGUCAAGCACUGCACUAUUUCAUACUUAGUUAUAUUCAUAGUGUCCAACUUACGUUACCAAUAAAAUGGCAGUAAAAAUAAAUUAAC